CUGUAACAUCGCCCUUGGAAAUCGCCUCAACCGUUGCCCGUACGGACAGGAUACAGCGUACGGUGCCCAUUCCUGCCGGAACUCGCCCUUAUUCUCCUGCCCAAAAUGCGGUCGGUAGUAUCCCUGUCGACCUUGACGGCUCUUGCCGUCUACCUCUCCGGCGUCAAUGCCAUUGUCCCCAAACCUCCACCUUCGGAUGACGUGAAGGAGGCUCAGGUGUCGUACAAGGGAUCUGCAACUUUUGAGCAGCUCAUCGAUCAUAAUAACCCCGAUCUGGGCACUUUCUCACAGCGGUAUUGGUGGAGUUCUGAGUUCUGGGCUGGAGAGGGAUCUCCAGUCGUUCUGAUGACGCCCGGAGAAGGCGCUGCCGAUGGCUACCAGGGAUAUCUCACGAACAAGACCAUAACCGGUCUUUAUGCGCAGGAGAUCCAGGGCGCUGCGGUUAUAAUAGAGCAUCGCUACUGGGGUGAAUCGUCCCCGUAUAGCGAGCUGAACGCGGAGACGCUCCAAUACCUUACUCUUGAGCAGAGUAUUGCAGAUUUGGUCCAUUUUGCGAAGACUGUCAACCUCCCUUUUGAUACCAACGGGAGUAGCAACGCCGAUAAGGCUCCGUGGGUGCUCUCCGGAGGCUCCUACAGUGGUGCUUUGUCUGCAUGGACCGAGAAAACUUCCCCGGGGACUUUCUGGGCGUACCACUCCUCCAGUGCCCCGGUUCAGGCAGUCUACGACUAUUGGCAAUACUUUGUUCCUAUCCAAGAAGGGAUGCCCGUGAACUGCAGCAAGGAUGUUAGCCUGGUCAUUGAGUACAUCGACUUCUUGUAUGCAAUCGGCGAUACGCAAAAGCAACAGGAGGUCAAGGAGAUGUUUGGUUUGGGGGCCCUUGAGCAUUACGAUGAUUUUGCCGCUGCUAUUGAAAAUGGACCGUGGCUUUGGCAGUCAACGGACUUUGACACCGGAUAUUCUGAGUUUUAUAAGUUCUGUGAUGCCGUGGAGAAUGUCGAAGCUGGAGCGAGUGUCACACCCGGACCGGAAGGUGUAGGCCUCGAGAAAGCCCUAAAAGGCUACGCAUCGUGGUUCAACUCGUCCUACCUACCAGGAGCCUGUGCGAACUUUGGCUACUGGACCGACGAGUAUAGCAUCGCCUGCUUCGAUACCUACGAUGCCUCAAGCCCGUUCUUCACGGACCCAGCCGUGAACAACACUGCUAACCGGCAAUGGAAUUGGUUCCUUUGCAAUGAACCAUUUGCGUAUUGGCAGGACGGUGCCCCCAAGUUCGUACCCAGCAUUGUCUCCCGCCUCGUCAAUGCAGAGUACUGGCAACGGCAAUGCCCCCUCUUCUUCCCCGAGGUAAACGGAUACACAUACGCCAGCGCAAAGGGCAAGACUGUACACGAUGUGAAUGCGUGGACAGGUGGAUGGAGCGCUCGGGACACGACCAGACUGAUCUGGACAAACGGCCAAUUCGACCCCUGGAGAGAAUCUGGCGUCUCUGCUGGCUUCCGUCCCGGUGGUCCUCUUGUCUCCACACCCCAGGCUCCGGUGCAGGUUAUCCCGGCUGGCGUUCACUGUUCGGACUUGCUCUUGAGAAAUGCGGAUAUCAAUGCCCCCCUGAGGCAGGUGGUUGAUAAUGAGGUUGCGCAGGUGAAGGCCUGGGUUGAGGAGUACUAUCAGAAGUAAUGUCCAUAUGCUGGGUUAAUCCCAGCAAGUAUCUAAUGUCUAUAGCUGUACAGAUUUAGCUUACUAAAUAUGC